AUGUCUCUAUCCAAGCAGCUUGCCCUCCUGGUGUUAGUAAGCCGCCCUCUAUCCUGGGUAGUUGCUCCUACAAUAUGGUUCUCAGGUCUGAUUCAUUCUGGAAAAUAUAAAUUGGUUGCCUUUGGAGUGAAUGAUGUUUAUGAUUAUAUAUCAGAUUUGCAAAAUCGACGCAAGAUUAAUCAAUGGACGGACGGGACCGCUCUCCACCAGCAUCAUCACAGAUGUGUAUUGCUAGCAGCUAAAGCAUCGACUGCUCUAGUUAUAUUAGUAACUUUUACCUCAUGGAGAAAGUCUUCAGAGCUCUUUAGUUGUAUCAUCGCUGUUCUCGUGUUGCUGUGGGCAUACUCAUCACCCCCUUUCCGACUUAAGGAACGACCGGUCCUAGACUCACUUUCAAAUGGAGUAAUAUGCUGGCUUUUCUGGGCUUGCGGCUAUAUUUUCGAUGGAAACGUAAUAUUUGUCCCUUCUGUACUUGCUUCAAAGAAGGGCUGGCUUAUCCUCCUGUAUGGUUCAGCUCUGCACAGCAUGGCCGCAAUGGUAGAUGUGGAAGCAGAUACCUUUGCAGGGUAUCGUACUAUUGCGACAAUCUACGGGGAGAAGGUCCCAGCACUGUUCUCUCUUACUUGUUUGUGA